AUGAAUUCAAACUUUGGGAGUGUCGAUUAUUUAUUGCAAAAUAAUCCUCUUAAAUCUCAAUCGAAAUCGGCCUUCGAUUUAUACGAAACCAAGAACCUGGCUUUGCAGGACAGAUGUAUAGACCUCACGACUUCUACCGCGUUGAACGUCCUCGACGGAACUUGCGGUCUCAGAGACAUACUCUUCUCCUGCUCUGAGUCGCGCAACUCCAUGGUUUCGGACGUUGACCCGCAGCUGAUCCUCAAGGUCUUCUUCAGAGAGCCCGUUUGCAUAAACUCCAUAACUCUCCGGGCCAACUCUAAACCCGAGAAUGUGGACGCCAGUCCCCCCAAGACAGUCCAGAUAUAUGGCAACAGAGGCGAGUUCGACUUCAGUGAAUCUGACUCUGUUGAGCCUGAUCAGGUGGUCGAGUUGAAGGGGUUUGGUCCUGAGGACAAGAUAAGCCUGAAGGGGACCAAAUUUACCCACGUCAAGAGUCUGCAGAUAUUCAUCGUAGAUAACACUGAUGACACUGAUCAGACGUUUUUAAACGAGCUGGUAAUUUGGGGAAACGUUCACCCUAACUACAAAUAA